UAUUUAUCUGGAAGUACUGAAUUUUUACCUUGGUAUGAUUUUUUUUAUAUAUGUAAUUGAAAGUAUCUUGUAGACACUACGUAGGAAUUGAGUUUGAUUUCUCCCCCAGGGUCAUCUAGCUAUCCCAACAUUAUUGGUUUAAAAGUACUUUUUUUUCCUGCCUUUACAAUAGCAUUUUUAAAAACUUAAAGGAAUAAAAAUGUUCCUUGCCUAGAUCAGUUUAUUGAACUGCAAGAUAUGGAGUGUACCACCUGUAGACAAUGCCUCUACGUACUUGGAGACCUUGGACAAAGCCAGCAUUAUCUACUUACAGUGUGGUACACUGUACAAAACUUAGGCCACACUGUAUAUUUGAAAUUUAUUGGAGGAACUAGUCAAGAGUAACUUAGUCUUGAGGAGUGUGAAGAAACAGAGAGAACGACCCCCGGACGGACCAAACCCGAGCACCACUGCAUCCCCGCCUUCAGCACGGACGUCCCUGGCCGCCGCCAUGCUCAAAAGAAAGGCUGAAGGGGAUACUAAAGGAGAUAAAGCCAAGGUGAAGGAUGAGCCACAGAGAAGAUCUGCAAGGUUGUCUGCUAAACCUGCUCCUCCAAAGCCAGAGCCCAAGCCUAAAAAGGCCCCUGCAAAGAAGGGAGAGAAGGUCCGCAAUUACAAGAAGGGGAAAGUAGAUGCUGGUAAGGAUGAGAAUAAUCCUGCAGAAAAUGGAGAUGCCAAAACAGACCAGGCACAGAAAGCUGAAGGUGCUGGAGAUGCCAAGUGAAAUGUGUGCAUUUUUGAUAACUGUGUACUUCUGGUGACUGUACAGUUUGAAAUACUAUUUUUUAUCAGAUUUUAUAAAAAUGCAGAAGUGCCAAGUGAAAUGUGUGCAUUUUUGAUAACUGUGUACUUCUGGUGACUGUACAGUUUGAAAUACUAUUUUUUAUCAGAUUUUAUAAAAAUGCAGAAGUGUUGCUUUACUGUAAACAGCUUUUCUGACCCUCCAAGAAUUAUUAAACAUAAAUAUGAAAAAGAUGAAGAAAAAUAGAGGUAAAAAGGGAAAGAGGUAAGAAAACAAAGAAAUGAAGUAAUGGAGUGAAAUAUCA